AGAGGACGCAAGGUGGCUCCCGAGAAGGAUAUACGUUGCUUUCUUAGUUUGUUUGGCCGAACGAGCCGUCAGACUAGCAUAUUGUUGGUCAACAUCGUGAGAAAAAGGUAUUCGAACAUGGAAGCAGAAACUAAUGUUUCAGAGGAGGAUGUUCCCUCUACGUCUCCCCGAGGCUCGCUUGCACUUGUUCCGUCAUCCGAUGAGCCCACCGAGGGCUUACGUGCCCACCAUUGCGCCAAAAGUGUAACUAGUUCGGCAUCGCAAUCUGCUGAGAAAGAAGACUGUGAAGCCGUUGAUUCUGGUGAAGAACAGCUGUGCAGUACCUCGCUCUCGGAGUCUUCGGAAUCUUCGUUGAAUAAACUAACCCGCCCCAAGAAAUCGUCACUACGUUUCAUCACCCAGCGAAAGAAGCGAAACGCAACCUUCCGGAAACGCAAGGGUGGACUCAUGAAAAAAGGGUUUGAGCUCAGUAAGCUCACCAGUGCUGAAGUACUUGUCAUGGUGUCCACAGACGACGGCCUCUUCUCAUUCGGUACUCGCAGACUACGCCGACUACUUACAGCACCGCUUGGCAAAGAAAUUGUAAAAACCUGUCUGCACACGCCUUUGUCGGAUACAAGCGAGACCGCGAACAGCGAUAAGGAUGUCUGGACAGGAGAUUGCAUAGAAAGGGUGAACCUGUCGACCGAGGCCCAGAAUAUUGACAAUGGCGUUGCAUUGAUGCCCUGCAUUCAGCAGGCACAAGCCAUGGCAGCUGAAAAACCAGCGCGACCGCUUGGUAUGAAUCCCUAUGCGCCAGACCCACAUCCACCGCGAAGUAUGAGCCUAACCUCUGGCGAGGAUCAAAUGUCUCAACAGCUCAACCGGUUUUCGCCCUCAGACUGCAACGCCGAGUAUCGGAAUGUGAUGCAGCAGCCGUCAGCAAUGACCCCUUCAUCGGACCUGCCCAGCCAGUUUGGCUUGCCUGGAGUCACAACUGUUAACGGCAACGCCAUUGGCCCAGCCGAACUCAUGCAGAGCGCGUUUAUGGGCGUGCCACCGCGAUCGGUAUUCGAGCCAUGCGUCGAUAACUUCUAUCCGCGGAGAGAUGCGGUCGCACCAUUGCCGAAUUGGUACAGCUCGCGUGAUUCUAGGACUUGGAAUGCAUCACCAACAUUUGCUAAGUUUCGCACUCCUUGAGGGUUUCGGAAGAUUUUGAGGACACAAGCAAUCGACUAGUAAUUCCACCUGGUCAUCAUCACAGUUCUUGUUUGUUAUCUAUAAUCCACGGUGAUUUGUGUUGGCUAAUUCCUCGAAUCAGAUGUUGAGUUAUUAUAUUGGUACCGUAAGGAAUCACUCCGAAUCAGGCAUAUCUGGUUACUGUUUGUACAGCACCCGCCUGGUCUGAUGUACCAUGUUCCAGCCAUUUUCCCCUUGAAACUCCCAUUGCUAUAGGCAAUAUCUGCCCUUGGUGGAGAUUUGUACAUUAUUCACUGGCAUCCGUAGUAGGUUAACCUGUAUCUUCUUUUUCCAUUUCCUUUUGUUGUACAUAGGACUAGCGAACCUGAUACUAUAAUGAAGUGAUAAAUCAAUUUUAAACAGUCGUCCUCCCUUUAGUCCCCCUCCCCAUCUCUGUAUAUAUCAUUACGUGAGGCUGUCGCUCCCUGUAUCUCUCUACCUCUCUCCAUCCCUGUCUAUGUCUCUCCUUGUCUCUCUGUCUCCCUCCCUCUGUCUGUCUGUCUGUCUGUCUGUCUGUCUGUCUGUCUGUCUGUCUGUCUGUCUGUCUGUCUGUCUUUCUGUCUGUCUGUCUGUCUGUCUGUCUGUCUGUCUUUCUUUCUUUCUUUCUUUCUUUCUUUCUUUCUUUCUUUCUUUCUUUCUUUCUCUCUCCCUCAGUCUACCUCUGUUUCUCUCUGUCGCCCCUC